CGCACAAAUCGCAUUUCGCAUACUUUGCAAUUCACCAAAACUAGCUGAAUUGAUCUCGGUCACCUUCGUCAAGUCUUCAAGCAUAGCCAACUUCUCCUGUUUCCUUUUCUUUGCCUUCUCUUCUGCCCUACGAAGUUGUCCUUCAAAUGCCUCCAAUGUCGACUUUAGCCGCUCAUUCUCUUCCAUAAGUCCACCAAGCAUAAAGUCACUCUCUGUGACUGCAUCAACCCAGCGAAAAAACCGACAGUUCUUCUCUUCAUCCUUCCAAAACGUGCAAGAAUAAAACAAUCUUCCAGGAUUGUCAUCUGUUCGAGAAGUGUUGACAACGCAGGGGGCUCGGUGGAAGUUGCAUCUUAUGGGCUUCGUGCUUGACGAACCAGAAGAGGAUGAAGCUUUGGUGGCAAUUUUCCCAACUCGCCUGGACAUUAUUGCACAGAGGUGAAGAGAGCUCGAGAUGGGUCGGGUAGAAAAGGAAGAAGAGAUCGCGAAAGGGGUCUCGAGCCGUUUUUCGAUAGAAAGGAAGAAGGGAGCUCGAUUUCGUUUAGGGUAUGGAGGCGGUGGGUCGUCGGGGAAGAAGGGAGCUGUUUCGGAUAUGGAGGCGGCGGGGCGGGUCGUCGGGGAAGAAGGGAUUUGUUUUCGUUCGGGCUAUGGAGGCGGCGGCUCGUCGGGGAAGAAGGAGGAAGAAGAUGGAAGAUAGGGUUUUGGGUUUGACCGAAAAUGAAAGAAGGUUAGGGGAUAAGGUGGGGAUGGGUGGCCUGGGUUUUCUGUUUUUUUUUUCUUUAUUAUUCGAUUUUGUAAAGGAAAUAAAAAGAAAAAUGAAGAAAUAAUUUUUUUUGGUGACAUGGCAGUGACCUGGACAGUUGACUAACGGUCAACGGUGUUGACCGUCCAAACAAACGGUCAAACCACGCUCAAGGCCAAUUCUGUCUCUAUGCUGCAUAGUUCGGGCCAGGAUGUUAAUUUCACAAACCACGGGCCAAAGUUGAUUACAUGGUCAUAGUUCAGGCCAUAGUAAGGUAUUAACCCUUUAAAAUAUAGUAAAAUGACUCUUGUAAUAAAAUAUAAAAAGUAAC